AGCGGAGUGUUUACUGGCUGUCAGUGACAACACACUGCUGUGCUUUGUGUCUCAGCUGGACUAAGCAUUUUCCUCGCUAAGUUCUUUAGUGUAUUUUUAUCAGCGAUGAACAUUAUUCCUAAGGUUUGUCUGACGGAUUUCGAGGAGUAUGCCAAACAGCAUCUCUCCAAAUCUAUCUGGGAUUAUUAUGCAGCUGGAGCAGAUGAAUGCUGCACCAGAGAUGACAACCUACAGGCCUACAAAAGGAUCCGUUUAAGGCCACGGAUCUUGCGGGACGUGUCAGUGAGUGACACGCGAACAACCAUUUUAGGCACGGAGAUCAGCUUUCCAGUAGGCAUUGCACCCACUGCUUUCCACUGUCUGGCCUGGCACGAGGGAGAGCUAGCCACUGCCAGGGCCACAGAAGCUGUGAACACCUGUUACAUUUCCAGCACGUACUCCACAUGCUCGGUGGAGGAGAUCUGUGCAGCGGCUCCGAAUGGCUACCGCUGGUUCCAGCUCUAUGUGUACCGUGACCGCAAACUAUCAGAGCAGCUCGUGCAUAGGGUGGAGGCACUUGGCUACAAGGCCUUGGUGCUCACAGUCGACGUGCCGUACACUGGGAAACGUCGUGAUGAUAUUCGGAACCAGUUUAAGCUCCCCCCUCACCUGAAAGUAAAGAACUUUGAUGGCAUGUUUCAGGACACUGCAGAGCCUGAAGAGUAUGGUGUUCCAUCUAACACGUUGGACCCAUCCAUAAGCUGGAAAGACAUACACUGGCUGCAGUCUCUCACCCGCCUGCCAAUUAUUAUUAAAGGUAUCCUGACUAAAGAGGAUGCAGAGUUGGCUGUGGAGCAUGGUGUUCAAGGGAUCAUUGUAUCCAACCACGGAGGCCGACAGCUGGAUGGGGGACCAGCCACUAUUGACUGUUUGUCUGAGAUAGUAGAUACGGUGCAAGGCCGGAUCGAGGUGUACAUGGAUGGAGGGAUACGUACAGGCAGUGACGUGCUGAAGGCCUUGGCUUUGGGGGCCAAGUGUGUGUUUAUUGGAAGACCAGCAAUCUGGGGCCUUGCUUGCAAGGGUGAAGAAGGUGUGAAGGAAGUUCUGCAAAUUCUAAAUGAAGAGUUCCGUCUAUCCAUGGCCUUAUCCGGUUGCAGGAAUGUGGCUGAGAUCAACAGGAACCUCAUUCAUGUUUCUAAACUCUGAUCAAAUACUGUGAAAUAAGACCAAAUCAUGAUAAGCUUUAAUCCACCAAGUUUUCUACAGGACAUCUUAAAUGCCUCAGUAAUAAGCACGCAAUGGAUGUAAUAUAAUGCUUCACAUCGUAUUAUUAAUUCAAAUGAACUAUGUACAUGGGUGGCAAAACUUCUUAACACUAAAAUGAAUUUAAUAAGAGUGAAGAGAAGAUUCUGUGCUUGUAAGUUAACGGAAGCUUGUUAGCUAGCCGACACAAAUUGCAGAUAUGACAGAUAUAAUAUUAGUUCUUUAUCGAUGAGACAUGACACUAUAUGACAAAUGAGGGCCAGGUUGGUUGGUUUGGUAGCAGAAGAUUAUAAAAUUUGAUAAGUGAAGGUGGAUAUUCCAGAUUGUUUGUGGUGCAAACUGAGAAUAAACUGUUUAUAUCUGGUUGUGCAGUGAAUUGUGAGAAAAAGGGGUUUGGAAAGUAAUUACAAAAGAAGUCUUGUGAUAAAGCGUUAUUCAGUACCUGCCAUUAUUUGCUUUAAUUAAAUACCGGAAGCACAAUAUUCAUAAGAUUGAAUAAUAAACUUUAUUGCAGAGCA